GGCGGCGGCGUCGGCGGCGUCGGCGGCGGCCGUCCUCAUCCCGGCGGCCCAGCGCUUGAGUGGACGCGGGUCUUCGCAAAUGGCUUGUGCGGCUCUCGGUCUGGAAGCUCUUCAGCCCCUGCAGCCUGAGCCGCCCCCCGAGCCCGCCUUCUCCGAGGCGCAGAAGUGGAUCGAGCAAGUAACUGGCAGAAGUUUUGGUGAUAAAGAUUUUCGGACAGGGUUAGAAAAUGGAAUCCUUCUCUGCGAGUUGCUGAAUGCUAUAAAGCCAGGACUUGUUAAAAAGAUCAACAGAUUGCCUACCCCCAUUGCAGGAUUGGACAAUAUCAUAUUAUUCUUGAGAGGUUGUAAAGAGCUCGGCCUUAAAGAAUCUCAACUUUUUGACCCGAGUGACCUACAGGAUACGUCCAACAGAGUAACAGUCAAGAGCCUUGAUUAUAGCAGGAAGCUGAAAAAUGUACUAGUGACCAUUUACUGGCUGGGCAAAGCAGCAAAUAGCUGUGCAUCUUACAGUGGGACAACACUAAACCUGAAGGAGUUCGAAGGCUUGCUGGCUCAGAUGAGAAAGGAGACUGAUGACGUUGAGAGCCCUAAACGUAGUAUUCGAGACAGUGGUUACAUCGACUGCUGGGAUUCUGAGCGCAGCGACUCUCUCUCUCCCCCUCGACACGGCAGAGAUGAUUCCUUCGAUAGCCUGGAUUCCUUCGGCUCCCGUUCCCGGCAGACACCUUCGCCAGAUGUAGUCCUCAGGGGAAGCAGUGAUGGGAGAGGAAGCGACUCUGAAUCCGACUUGCCCCAUCGGAAGCUGCCGGAUGUGAAGAAGGAUGACAUGUCUGCGAGGCGGACUUCCCACGGUGAGCCAAAAUCAGCAGUGCCUUUUAACCAGUACCUCCCCAACAAAAGCAACCAGACGGCCUACGUCCCCGCGCCUCUGAGAAAGAAGAAAGCAGAGCGAGAGGAAUAUCGGAAGAGCUGGAGUACUGCCACCUCCCCCCUGGGUGGGGAGAGGCCCUUCAGCUAUCCUGAAACAAUAGAGGAAGAGGGCAGUGAAGUGGGGUCUCCUUGUGAAGAGGACCCCGUCAGCCGAAUGGACCCUGGUGGGAAGCCUCCUGGUGGUGGGUUAGAAUUACCCGCCGGCAGUGGGAAGGAGCAGGUUUCUCCAGAGGGGGCUGCGGUGGCACCAGCUCCCAAGUCUGAAGAGGAAGAUGCUGCUGAAAUCCGAAAGCGCAGAAGGCUAGAGCAAGCUGGAAUCAAGGUCAUGCCAGCAGCACAGCGCUUUGCCAGUCAAAAGCAAUUAAGUGAUGAGAAAGAAGCUGUUCGAGAUAUUAUCCUUCGCAAAGAAAAUCCUUUCCUGAUCCACCAACACGGCAGAGAUUCAGAAUCAGAAGACGAAGUUGCAUGUCGACUGCCUGAUCUUGAGAAAGAUGACUUUGCUGCCAGGAGAGCAAGGAGGAACCAGACCAAGCCAAUGGUGCCACUGAAUCAACUCCUCUAUGGGCCUUACCGAAAAAAAGAGGCAGAGAAAUCAGAUGGCAGCAAGCAACCCUCAAAGGGAAUCUCAGAAAAGAAAAGUCUAGAACAUAAAAGAAACCAAGGCCAAACGGAAGAGGUGAAGUCGAGGGUGACCUGUAUUGUGCGGGCUCUGGAGAGUGGACCUGCAGAAGAGGGGCUCAGGCAGGUGCCGGAUCUUCAUAAGGAUGACCUGGCGCAGCGCAGAAUUCAGGGCAGGCUUGGCCCUCAGCGCGAGGCUCCGAGCUUUGUCACGGUCGCCAAUAUAACAGAAGCCGACCGGGAGACGUGGGAGAGGCUGAAAGUGUCAGGAAAGACGAGGGAUGGAGAUGUGGAGCACACGUGUGCCCCUGAGCCUUCACCAGAAAUUAAAGCAGAAACUGCCAUCCGUGAUGACUUUGCCAGCCGCAAGGCAAGGGCUUAUAAGAAAGCUUCCAGCCCUAGGCAAAAGUUCGUGCACUUCGGACCAGUGACAGAGAUAGAUCAGCAGACAUGGAAGCGGCUCAGCAUUGGCAGGGCUGGGCCGAAGGAGGAUGCAGAGGAAGUCAUCAGUCACAGCCGCGAGAUUCAGACGUACCCUGUGCCCCCUGCCUUGGCGGCUAUGUCCAGUUUACAGGAAGACCACAGGCUUAAUCCACAAAAUGACUGCAGAAUAGUGACGUCUGGUAUAGAUGACCGUUGUAAAAGGGUCUGCCGGCUGGCUGUGGUGCCGGAGGUCCAGGAAGAGCAUAGCUGCAGUUUAGUUACCUGCAAACAGCUGCCGCAGGAUGGCAAAGAAGCGACUGAAGGAGUCGUUCAAAGAGGUUCUGAGACGGUGCCAAAGGCUGAAAGAUCCGAGGAGAGCGGCCAGCCACUCUCAUGUCCUCUGACCUCUGAAUGGGAGGCUUCAGAGAGAGAAGAGAAGUCAGAGAAGAUGACAGCUCCUGCCUGGAGUGGCAGUGGACUGAAAGGCCAAAGAAAAUUGUAUGAUUCGCAAAAAGAUGACGUGAUGGCCAGGAGAACUGGGAUGUCUCUUAGACACAUUGGAUCCAAGCUAAACCAGUUCCGUCCAGUUCCAUUUGCAAAGCAACGCAUUGUGGAGGAAUCUGCCAAGGGUCCACCAAUAAAAGAUAAGAGAUACGGACCGAGAACUCCUGUGUCUGAUGACGCAGAGAGCACGAGUAUGUUUGACAUGCGGUGUGAGGAGGAGGCCAAGGUGCAGCCGCACAGCAGGGCCCGCCAGGAGCAGCUGCAGCUGAUAAACAACCAGCUGCGGGAAGAGGAUGACAAAUGGCAAGAUGACCUGGCUCGUUGGAAGAGCCGUAGAAGAAGUGCUUCUCAGGACUUAAUCAAGAAAGAGGAAGAAAGGAAAAAAAUGGAGAAGUUACUGGCUGGAGAGGAUGGGACAAGUGAACGAAGGAAAAGCAUCAAAACCUACAGAGAAAUUGUCCAAGAAAAGGAGAGGAGAGAGAGGGAGUUGCAUGAGGCAUACAAGAAUGCACGGUCCCAGGAGGAGGCGGAAGGGAUCCUUCAACAGUACAUCGAGAGGUUCACCAUCAGCGAAGCUGUUCUUGAACGCUUGGAGAUGCCAAAAAUUCUGGAAAGAAGCCAUUCAACAGAGCCAAACUUAUCCUCCUUCCUGAAUGACCCCAACCCCAUGAAAUACCUGCGGCAACAGUCACUGUCUCCACCCAAAUUCACUGCCACUGUGGAAACCACCAUCGCUCGUACCAGUGUACUGGAUGCCAGCAUGUCAGCAGGCAGUGGGUCUCCAAGCAAAACUGUCACUCCCAAAGCAGUGCCUAUGCUGACACCCAAGCCUUACUCCCAGCCCAAAAACUCUCAAGAGGUCCUGAAGACCUUCAAGGUAGAUGGGAAAGUCACCAUGAAUGGAGAGACGGUUCACGGUGACGAGGAGGAGAAGGAAAGAGAGUGUCCCACGGUGGCACUUUCCCCCUCGUUGACCAAAUCCCAGAUGUUUGAAGGUGUGGCCAGAGUGCAUGGGUCCCCCAUGGAGCUGAAACAAGACAACAGUAGCAUUGAGAUCAACAUAAAGAAGCCAAGUUCUCUUCCCCAAGAGCUGACGGCAACCACUGAAGAAACUGAAACAAACAGUCAAGAAGAUGAGAAUGGUGGUGAAAAAACAGAAAAAGGGAAUACAGAAGUUGCCUCAUCAGAGCCACAGUAUUUUACAUCAACUGUGACUCGAUCCAGCCCGACCGUGGCCUUUGUGGAGCUUUCCUCCAGCCCCCAGGUGAAGAACGAGGUGCCAGAAGAGAAAGACCAGAAGAAAGCGGAAAAUGAAAUGAGUGGAAAGGUGGAACUGGUGCUGUCACAAAAGGUGGUAAAGCCAAAAUCUCCAGAACCAGAAGCAACCCUGACGUUUCCAUUUCUGGACAAAAUGCCUGAAAGCAGCCAAUUACCUUUGCCAAAUCUCAGUUCUCAAGAGUCGCCUGGCACUGCCAGCGUUCUGCUGAGAGUUCAGAACUCUUGGCGACGUUCCCAGUUUUUCUCCCAGUCAGUGGAUACUCCAAGCAGCGAAAAGUCGCCUGUAACUACGCCUUUGAAGUUGUGGGCAUGGGACCCGGAAGAGGAACGCAGGCGACAGGAAAAAUGGCAACAGGAGCAGGAACGUUUGCUCCAGGAGAGAUACCAGAAGGAGCAGGACAAGCUAAAAGAAGAGUGGGAAAAGGCCCAAAAGGAGGUGGAAGAGGAAGAACGCAGAUACUAUGAGGAGGAGCGCAAAAUAAUUGAGGACACGGUGGUUCCAUUUACUCUGUCUUCAAGUUCUGCAGACCAGCUGUCUACAUCCUCCUCUGUGACCGAAGGCAGUGGGACAAUGAAUAAGAUGGACUUGGAAAACUGUCGAGAGGAAGAACAAAAGACAAGACAGAAGAAACCAUUCCAGGGGGAUAACGGUGGCUCAUUGCUUAAGACUAAGGAAGGUGACCCACUGGAGGAAAAGGGCAGCCUAACUCAAGGAGUCUUGACUCAUUCUGAGAACCCUGCAUUGAAAGGAAUCUAUCAGGACCUCCAGCUGGAUACAGAAGCUGGGGCCUCACCCUGUGGGAUGAACCCACAGCUAGCUCAGGAUCCAUCCCAGAAUCAGCAGGUAUCAAACCCACCAAUGCACAUUUUAGAAGAUGUGAAGCCAAAAACCCUCCCAUUGGACAAAAGCAUUAACCAUCAGAUUGAGUCUCCGAGUGAAAGGCGGAAGCAAAGCCCUCGAGAGAACUUCCAGGCUGGGCACUUGUCCCCUUGCUCCUCCACCCCUCCUGGCCAGUCACCAAACAGGUACAAGAGGUCUGUAAGUGGGAAGAAACUGUGCUCUUCGUGUGGGCUUCCAUUGGGUAAAGGAGCUGCCAUGAUCAUCGAGACCCUCAAUCUCUAUUUUCACAUCCAGUGCUUUAGGUGUGGAAUUUGUAAAGGACAGCUUGGAGAUGCAGUGAGUGGGACGGAUGUUAGGAUUCGAAAUGGUAUUCUAAACUGUAAUGACUGCUACACGCGAUCCAGAAGUGCUGGCCAACCCACAACAUUGUGACGUGGUUUUCGAGCUUCCAGAUCACUCACCAUUUCCUUACUGAGGGUGUCCCCUGGCAAUCGUUUAACAAAACCCUAAGUGCAGGGGCUCCUCAGCAUUCAUCUAAUUUCUGAAAGGCUAUUCUAAAAGAUGGUAUCUGUUCUUUUGUAGCACAGUGUUUGUGUUUUUCCUGCUUUCCUUUUUUUUUUUUUUUUUUUUGGCAUUUGCACAGUAUAUACAAAAGAAUAUUGAAUUGUAAUGAUCCUGAAUAGUUCCAAAAAAUGGUCUUAGCAUGGUCAAACAGGCUUACAGUUUAAAAUGUGUUAUUCUCUUCUUUGGGAGUUAAUGAGAUAAAUGAUGCAAUAAACCUGUUUUUUUUUUUUUAGCAUUUCUAGGAAUUAAACACUUUAUGUUUACAGAAUUGAGCUGCAGAAAAUGCAGGACAUGCCAAUUUGAGACAUGUGGUCUUCUGAGACAGGAGCAUACAAUUAAUGCAUUUCAGAAACUAAAAAUCACACCAUCUAGCUCUGAGCUAUAACUUGUUUUUAAUGCAAAGAUGCUAGUCUGAUAAUAUAUACUGUAAUCCUGAAACAUUUGUGUUACUUACUUUUUGAGGUGGAAGUCAUACCAAUAAAUUAUUGCACCGUUAGUGUUAGAUUCUGUGUCCUUUGGAAGUUACGCCAUUGCUGUAGGCUGACCCAUCAAAUAGAGAGAACCCUUGCUAUACAGGCUAGGCUUACACUCUGGGACAUUGCCCAAGGGUAGGAAGAAACCAGAGGGACAUAAUUCAGUCAUCAUUUCCAAAGUUAUUACCAAAAUCUGUGAGAAGUUUAAUCUUCCAAAGAGUGGUGGGUCAAUGAUAGCCAGGAGGGCUUUGUUGCUUGCUUCUCUUCAGGCUCUAGAUUCAAUAAGAGGCUCAGUAUGGGACAUAUGGAAGCUCUUAUUGAGAUCAGCCCAUCAUUAGGUGUGACCACUGCUCACCCUUGCCUGCAAGUUCUCCUUGGGGGUCUGAAGCCCAGGUGGCUAAAGUAAAGCAUUAAGUCCAUCUUAAUAGAAUCCGAAUGACAUAUGAUGUGAGAAGCCACUAGCAUGUGAUCAACAAGAACCUACUGUUCACAUCAUGCCCUGUCCUCCCUCCUGGAUACCUACCUGCUCUCCUCAUGCCCUACAUCACCAACUCUCUUUACUACCAAGAAUUCUGGACCUUGCUCAUGGAGAAGUUUAGCGAGAAACUCUUGUGGAGAGCUGGUUUAUUUUUUGCCCUGUGUGAUGAGUUUCAUCUGGCCAAGAAAGGAAUCAAGUUACUAAAAAGCAUCACAUUUUAGAUCUCCAGGCUGUUUUCUUUAAGACUGGGGAAAGGGGGACUAUUUAUUCUGCCUUAAAAUGAUGGCAAAUAAGUGAUGAUGACAGAUGACAUUUUGUGAAUGUAGACUCUGGAUAUACUCCUAAUAGGUUAAUGUAGUCAUAAAAGGAAAUCAAGUAGAUGUUUUUCUGUUAUGUAAGCAAUAAUUUUUUUUCUGUGUCUUAUUGAGUAUGACUAGCAAUUAUUUAUUUACAUGCUAGACGGUUCUCUGCAUGCGGGUUCCAUGUAAGUACAGAAAUUUCCUCGGCCACUGGAGGUGUUUUGACCAUUUUGUCAUUUGGAUAAGCUGUUGUUAGAUUGAAAUUUACACAUCAUUUCAUUUAAAAUUGUGCCUUAGAAAAUGCAAAGCUGUUGCACAUAGUCAGUGAUGAAUUAAGGAUGCAGUACAUUGAAGAGAGAUGAAGUCACCUCCAAGUUCUCAAGACUUCUCAUGGAGGUGUUCGCUGUUUUACAGGGGGAAAAAAAUUUUAAAAAAGAAAAAGAAAAAUAGAAAAAUUAAAAAAAAGAAAGUUUUGAAAAUGUACAGAUUAAGUCCAAUAUUUUGAUUAACCACCUGCAUGUUUUAUUAAAUAUUUUGAUAAUGUGGAUGUUUACACUUUGCAUGAUAUUAGCAGAGUACUUUACCACCAGUAAUGCACAAACAUGUACAAUAUGAUUAUUCAUAACCGAUUUUUAUAGAAUACUUUUUACAUGUGGAACUCCAUCUGUUAUGUAAGGAUUAUAUGAAUAUUGCACAUUCUCUUCUGGUUUCACAAACUCAUUUAUACAUAUUUCUUAGUGAGCCUCAUUGUACAUGUAUUGAAGCUAGAAUCAAGUCAAGAAAAAUAAAGCCCCAUUCUCCAACUGCGAAAUGUGCUUUUCCAUAAUGAACAAUAGUCACCAGCACAGAAUAAUCUCCAACAUUUUCUAAAUUCUAAUUGCCAACUGUUUCUAUUUAUAUUUGAUUUAUAUUUCAUUUGGAGUCUGUUACAUGGCAGCUCGGGCAGACUAGAUCUUGUUUUUUCCAAUGCAGCAUAAUGAGUAUGAUCUAUUUCUUUUCAAAUAAUCUUUGAGAUCCCAGGAAAAAAAAAAAAAGUGCUCUGCUCUGUUGAGCUACAAUGUAAAUGUGUUUGUUUAAAAAACAGAUGAGGCAAGUGAGUGAUUUAUUGUUCCUGAGGAAGUAUAUCUUUUUUUUUUUCUUUAUACUUCAAAAGCUUGUCCCUUCUCUUUCUUAAGGAAAAAAAUGGGUAACUCUUUGUUUUUCACUUGCAAACUUUCAUGACAUGUGUUCAUUCUUUCUGUGUAGUGUUACUAAUGCAAUACAUAUUAUAGUUAUCUAUACACAGUGUAAGACUUAACAGGCUGAAAUGAUCCACCUCAUAUGUGAGUCCGUCCAAAAGAUGUUACUGUUCUGGGUGGGCCAAUGUUCUACAUCAGUUACACUAACCUUCAUUUAAAAUAUUUAUUCUAAAAUGCCUCUGAGAAAUAGUAAAAAAUAAACAUAAAAAAGUUGUCUAAAAUGCAACAGCUUUUAUAGUAAAUGUACAUUUAUAAAUAAAAUACUCAAAUCAA